AUGGUGGAGUGGCCCCCGGCACUCCCCUCCCGCAGGCAGGCGCUAACGCUGCCGCAGCUGCCGCCUGGGCUGCGCCUGAGCGCAGUGACCUCUGUCCGCUGCAGCAAUGACCGCCCCCACCGCGUCACCCUGGACCCUGCGCCGCGCCCUGCCCACGGCGAGGCUGGGGCCAGUCUCUCGCGCACGUGUGGAGCGGAGAGGGCGCGGCUGCUGGCGACUUCUAGAUUGAUCUGCAUUGACGACAUCAGUCCCGGAGGCCCGGGCAGGAGUGGCGGUGCCUUCUGCAUCCCCCUGUACGUUCCCUACGUGCUGACUGGCCGCUGGACCUUCGGCCGUGGCCUCUGCAAGCUGUGGCUAGUGGUGGACUACCUGCUCUGCACCUCCUCGGUCUUCAACAUUGUGCUCAUCAGCUACGACCGCUUCCUGUCCGUCACCAGGGCCGUCUCGUACAGGGCCCAGCAGGGCGACACGCGGCGGGCAGUGUGCAAGAUGGUGCUGGUGUGGGUGCUGGCCUUCCUGCUGUACGGGCCGGCCAUCCUGAGUUGGGAGCACCUGUCGGGCGGCAGCUCCAUCCCCGAGGGCCACUGCUACGCUGAGUUCUUCUACAACUGGUACUUCCUGAUCACCGCCUCCACGCUGGAGUUCUUCACGCCCUUCCUCAGCGUCACCUUCUUCAACCUCAGCAUCUACCUGAACAUCCAGCGGCGCACGCGCGUCCGCCUGGACGGCGCCCGGGAGGCGUCGGGCCCGGAGCCGCCGCCCCAGGCAGAGCCCUCCCCGCCGCCCCCACCGCCGGGCUGCUGGGGCUGCUGGCACCGGGGGCGCGGGGAGGCCCUGCCGCUGCACCGGUACGGGCUCGGCGGCGAGGCCCCGGGGCCCGAGGCAGGGGAGGCCGCACUGGGGGGCGGCAGUGGGGGGGGCGCCGCCGCCUCCCCGACCUCCAGCUCCGGCAGCUCCUCCCGGGGCGCCGACCGGCCGCGCUCGCUCAAACGCGGCUCCAAGCCGUCCUCGGCCUCGCUGGAGAAGCGGAUGAAGAUGGUGUCCCAGAGCGUCACCCAGCGCUUCCGCCUGUCUCGGGACAAGAAGGUGGCCAAGUCGCUGGCCACCAUCGUGAGCAUCUUUGGGCUGUGCUGGGCCCCGUACACGCUCCUGAUGAUCAUCCGAGCCGCCUGCCACGGCCACUGCGUCCCCGACUACUGGUACGAGACGUCCUUCUGGCUCCUGUGGGCCAACUCGGCCGUCAACCCCGUACUCUACCCCCUCUGCCACUACAGCUUCCGCCGCGCCUUCACCAAGCUGCUGUGCCCCCACAAGCUGAAAAUCCAGCCGCACAGCUCCCUGGAGCACUGCUGGAAGUGAGCGCACAGCAGGCCGACGUGGGGGGACCAGCCGUACUGCGGGGCUGGGCGUGGGGGACCCACGCUGAUCGCGUGGAACCUGUGGAGCCGAGUUCUGGCUCCGUGGCCGACCCCAGGGUCACGGCACCGCGGCUGCUGGGGUCCUGCGCACAACCGCUGGCCAGCCGUCUUUUGCCCAAAGCAAGUGCUUAGCGUGUGCUUGGCGCCUCCUGGCCCUUCAGCGUGCCUCCUGCACGGCACACCUGCACACACCUGCACCCCAUCCUGCUCCCACACCUGCCGGGGGCCCCCAUCCUUGCUGCGCUCACUCUGCUUCAGCCCCGAAGCCUGGCCCCUUCCGGCCCGCCCCUCCAACUCUGGCCCCCAGAAAGUGCCCAGGGGGGCCCCUUGGGAAGCUCACAGAUGCCCUCGACGAUUCAUUCUGGGUGUUUUCAGGAAGAUGAAGAAGAAGAAGAAAACACAUCUGUGAACUUGAUGUUCCUUAGAUGUUUAAUCAAGAGAGACGAAAUUACCAGGCGCUGGGCUGGAUUGGCAGGUGUGGGCUCCCACGCCCUCCUCCCUUUCUGCUGCUGCUUCCGGCUGAGCCGCCAGCUGCCUGCCCGCUACCCUGUGCUCUGCAGAGCGCUGCACCGAGCUGGAAGCAGCCCGCCACUCCGUCUACUCCAGCCACCCCACCCCGUUGGUGGGGACUGCUGGGGUCUCCUCGGGCAGAGGGGCCGUUGGAGCCCGAGCGGACUAGAGGUCCCACAGAGGGGCCACCUGCCUCACCUGGCCCAAGUCCUCGCUCUGCAUGUAUGUCACCAUGUGCCCACAGGCCUGAGAGGCCCAAAUAAAAUGGAUUAUUUUCAA